CGGGAUGCUCUGAAGCUGCGCUUUCUGCACGUUACUGACACGCACGUGGACAUGCGAUACGCGGAGGGCAGCCGAGCCGACUGCCCCGAACCCCUGUGCUGCCGCGAGGACAACGGCAAGGCCACUGUGAUCAACGUACCCGCUGGCCACUGGGGCUCUCUGCACAAGUGCGACUUGCCUGCCAGGACGUUCGAGAACAUGCUCCAAGAAGUGCGGGAUUACCACAAGGUGGAUUACGUGAUAUGGACAGGAGACAUGGUGCCCCACGACGUCUGGAACACGUCCCGGGAGGGAAACAUCGCCCUGGCAAAGUACACAGCCGACACCAUCGCCAAGUUCCUGCCCGGCGUGCCAGUCAACCCGGCCGUAGGCAACCACGAGGGUCAUCCUGCCAACUGUUUCCCGCCACCCGAGGAAAAAGGAAACAUGUCAGCCUCUUGGAUAAUCGACGCCCUCGCUGAUCAGUGGUCUCGAUGGCUGCCUCCCUCGGCCACCGACACUGUACGAAGGGCUGGUUACUAUUCAGCGAGACCGUACCCAGGACUCAAGAUCCUCUCUGUGAAUACGAAUUACUGCAGCACCUUGAACUGGUGGCUCCUGAUAAAUGCCACGGAUCCGGCGCAGCAGCUCGCAUGGCUCGUGGACGAACUACAAGAAUCGGAAGACAAAGGCGAAAAGGUUCACAUCAUCGCGCACAUUCCUCCUGGUGGGUCUGACUGCCUGCACGUAUGGAGUGAGAACUACCAUCGCAUCCUGGAAAGGUAUGAAUCUACCGUCUGCGGCCAGUUUUUCGGACACACGCACAAUGAUGAGCUUGAGGUGGCCUACGACUCCACGGACACCAAGCGAGCGCUCGGGGUGGCUUAUCUCGGACCAAGCCUGACAACGUACACCUCUGGACACCCAGCGUUCCGAGUUUUCACUAUGGACGGCGGUUACCCCGGAGCUUCCUGGUCACUCCUGGACCACGACACGUACCUGCUGAACUUGACUACGGCCAAUGCGCAUCCUGAUUUGCCACCAAAGUGGGAGCUUGAGUACAGCGCGCGUGAUGCGUACAACAUGACCAGUCUUCAACCGCAACAAUGGGACGCUGUGCUCAGGAAGAUGGAACACGACGACAAACUUUUCGACAAGUUUUACAGAUUCUACCACAAGGGGGCACCAAAGAAGAAGCGCUGCAAACGUUCGUGCCGGAAGAAGCUUUUGUGCGAGCAAAGGACUGCCAUAUCGUCUGAUCUCAAGCAUUGCUAAGGAAUCUUGCAAUAAUG